UCCGGUUGUUGGGGCUCAUCAGUACUGAAGAUGGUCCAGCGAGGAGAGUCUCCGACCAGCGACGUGGAGCCGUGGGAUCGAACCCCGACUCAGACCACCUGAGACAGACAGAAAUAAUCUGGAAUAUCAUUCGCUUCACUCCGAGGCAGCAGGUGGCGCUAACGACCGCCAUCUCCUGGUUUCCGGCCGCUGUUAAAAAAAAAAAGAAGAAGAACGAGGAGGAAAAGAAGAAGAAGAGGAGGAGGAGGAGGAGGAGGAGGAAGGAGGGUGAGGAAGGAGGGUCCUCUGUUACCGUGGAGACUGCUGUUACCACUGAGGACCACACUAAGGUUGCCAUGGCGAAUAAGACAGAGCUCCACGCCUCAGACCAAACCUCCUCUCCUGAUGAAGACCUAACGAAGCCCGCCGGCCACCGUCCCCGCCGCCGAGCCGCCGCCACCUUAGGUAGGCGGGGUCAGAGAGGGAAGAGGCGGGGCCCAGCGGAGAAGAGGCGGGGCCCGGGUGAGAAGAGGCGUGGCCCGAAGGAUAAGAGGCGGGGCCAGGAGGAAAAGAAGGAGGGCGUGACGGUGAAGAGAACGUGGAGCGACGGGAAGCGGCGGUGGGAUAAGAAACAUUACUGCGUGUUCUGUCGGCGGCCGCAGGUGAAGAUCGCUCGUCACCUGCUGCGGAAACACGCUGAUCAACAGGAAGUGGUGGCUGCCAGCACGCUGCCGACGGGCUCCAAACAACGCCACCUGCUGCUGGAGCACCUGCGCUGCAGGGGCAACUACAUGCACAACAUUGAGGUGAUCAGACAGGGCAGCGGUGAGAUCGUCCCGUGGCGUCAGCCCUCAGAGGAAGUCGAUGCCAGGAACUACCUUCCCUGCCCGCUCUGCCUCGGUUUCUUCCUCCGCGCUGAUCUCUGGAAACAUCAGGCCUCCUGUCGUAAGAAGCUGACCUCUGACCCCUCCAAAGACUCCGCCUCCACAGCAGAGACGACCUCUGACCCCGUGAAGGACACAACCUCUGACUCCACAGGUAAGUCGGCCUGUGAUCCAGCAGACGACAGGACCUCCAAGUCCAUAGAGGACACACCGUCUGAUCCCUUAAAAGACACGGCCACAACAGACCAGACCGGCACCUCUGAGACCGGGACCAAACGGCCCAUGACCUCUGACCCCAGUGUGGAUCAGAACGUGAGCUCUGACCCCGGGGCGGACCGGCCCAGGAAGCGCAGCAGGGUCCAGGCUGCAGCGUCUCGCCUCCUUCCGAUCUCCAGUGGAGCGUCUGAGAGCUGCAGCGAAGUCCUGCACCGCAUGAACCAGGACCACGUCUCACACCAGGUCAAAUCCGAUUGGUUGAUCUGUAAAUAUGGAAACAAGUUGAUGGGGAACCAAGAUGGCAGCCAGAGGAGGUACGACUACGUCAGUCAGAAGUUGAGGGAGCUCGGCAGGUUCCUCCUGGCUGCUAAAUCUCUGGACUCUGGCGUUCAGACCCUCCAAGACCUUCUGGCUCCGGGGCGCCUCAGCCUGGCGCUGGCCGCUGCCAGAAAGGCCUCCGGAUACCGCUGGAGCCGCCCUCCACUGGCGGUGAAGACGACGCUGAAGACGGUUUGUGAGAUUGCCAUCGGAGAGAGUCUGCAGGACGGAGACUGGGAGGCUGCAGCCAAGACCACCGACUUCUACCACCUGCUGGGGAGGGAGUGGGACAACCUGGGGCUGCUGAAUCCUGAUCCCGACACAGCCGCUCCAGUAGGAGGAGCUAAGCUGAAGAAACGAUCGGUCCCAUCGAGAAGUGAGAGGGAGGGUAACAAGCCAGGUGGAGAGCAGUCUGACCCAAGACCAGAGGUCUCGUCACAGAGCAGUAACCGACCGGUGACCUCCACGGUUUCACCAGAGUCCAGACUGCAGACUUCUCUCACAGUCCCUGUGGCUCCAAGGAAGGUCAGACGUCGCCCGUGGUCGUCUGCAGAGAAGGAGGCGGUCUGGAGACAGUUGGGAGUCCACGUGCUGGUCCAGUCAGUUCCGGGGAAGGAGGUCUGUCAGCGCUGUCUGGACCUGGAGCCUGUCCUCAGAGGGCGACACUGGAAAGACAUCAAGAACCAGGUCCACAACCAGAUCCAGAGUCAAAAGAAGCAGCAGUUCCAUGCCCAGAUGGACCUUCAGGAGAACCAGGAACAACAAGACCAAAUCCAAAACCAGAAGAAGCAGCAGCAUUACCAGGACCAAAUGGACCAACAGGGCAAGGACAACAUUCAGAAUAAGAAGAAACAGCAGUACCACAUCCAGUUAGACCACCAAGACCAGGACAACAUGCAGAAUCAAAAGAAACAGCAGUACCAUACCCAGUUGGACCACCAAGAGCAGGAUCACAUUCAGAAUCAGAAGAAACAGCAGUACCACACCCAGUUGGAUCACCAGGACCACCUUCAAAUUCACAAAAAGCAGCUGUGCCAUGGUAGACUAGACCACCAGGACCAUAUUCAGAUCCAUAAGAAGCAGCUAUACCAAAUGGACGAGCAGAACCAGGGACUGCAGACCACCCUGGAUCGGGACACUUCUAUACUGACAGGUGCACCUUAUGGACCUGAUGGGCCACAUCGAGCCCCUGGACAGUCAUUGUUGGAGCGGGACCCCACCAUCAGUCCAUACCCACUUCCACAUAGGACCCUGGGGCCUCACAUGGACCAGCUGCUGUCCAGAACAGAGUGGACUGACGAGUCUCUGGCCCAGCACUACGCAAUCAGCAGACAGCUGGACAGGAACCUGCUCCAGGAUGUCCCCCCAGGAGGACCACCCCCCAAUCCACACUCUGGACAUGUUCACUUCUGAUGGACAGGCCCACACGGGCCCUGAGCACUGAUGACUGUGUUAGAUACGGUUGCAGAAGGCCCCCUUAAGGCCAUCUGUGCUCCGUCCCUGAACUUCCUAUUCAAAAUGAAAUCGGCCUUUUCCACCACAGGAACUUAACAACCUGGAACUUCAGCGGUUCUUUUUAUUUAACGUUGAAACGUCCCCACAUGUAGCGUGAACAUCUGUAUUAUCUCCAUUUGUUGUCUGUCCCACAGCUGAGCUGCACUGUCCUCCGACAGAACGCGUAUCUGAAACCUCCUGGUUUAGGGUUUAAAUGGAGGGAGUCAAAGAAACAAAUGUCCAUUUUGUGUAAAAGUUUAUAUAUUUACAGAUUUGCCCUUUAAUGGUACUGUGCUUCCACCAAUCACCACUCAGUAUUAUUGUUGUUCCUGUGUGUAUUCUUCUUUCUGUCCCUGUCGCCCCUGAACCAGGUCUGUUCAGGUUCGGUGGUUCGUACUUAGCGCCAGUAGAUGGCAGACUUCUCUCUGGUUUGGUUACAACUCAAACUUCCAUCCAGAGUCCCUUCUGCUUUCUACAGAAGUAUAAAACCAGUUUUACAGUC